GCUGCCUUCGUUGCCGCCUGGAUAGACACACCUCCUCGCGGUGUCCAUACCAUACCGCCCUCGAUCGGCACUAUGCUGACAUCUCUCGUCAGCGUCGAUCUCAGUCCCCCCCCGGCCCCACCCGGCCAGCCCCACCCGGCCAGCCCCACCCAACUAGCCACGGUGCAGCGUACCACUGAGGCCUCACACGUAGCCGGCUUCCCGACCACCGAGUCGCGGUUUGCCCCUUUGGCUACCCCCCCAGAGGAUCCUCAGGACACGACAUACGCAGUUCCCUCUGCCCCGUCGUCUGUUGAGGUACCGCUUGCCUCACAACAGACCGCCACAUCUAGUGCUUCCCCUCCGAGACUUCCGACGUGUCUCGCCAUUCGCACAGCCCGUUGUAGCGCUCAACUGGCGACUCGCGAUGACGUUGUGUCAUCUCUCCUGGACUACAACAUUCUUCAGGCUCGUCAGGAGCGACUCACGAGACACAUCAACGUCCUGCGUCGUCUUCUCGCUCUGCUUUCUGACCCUGAUCGCACCCUAUCCAUUAUCCCUAUUCGCCUAGGGACAUCUACGAGGGUGUACCACACUUUAUGGGACUCUGGCUCGCAGGGAGAUUUCGUUCACCCUCCAGUGGUUGAGGAAGCUCGCCUAGCUACCUCUGGGUCUCACUCUCCUAUCUCUGAUACCCUCGGAGAUAACAAGAAACAGCGCUUCUUCGAUCAGACGGUCCCCGACCUCCAUUUCUCCCUCACCCUCCAGCCACCGGAUAGUACCCAGGCGCCUCAGCACUACCAUUCCUCCGCAUACUUCGACGUGUUGGAGACCGGGUACGACUUUAUCCUUGGCACUCCCUGGUCUCGCCGGUUCCGUGGCACAGAGGCCGAAUGGGCGACCGAGACACUUUAUCCUUCGAAGUGUGGUCAGACCCAUCGCAUCCCCUUCAUUGGAAGCACGGUCGACACCCCUCCCGACCUACCUCCCCAGGACCCUCGUUCCUCAGGGUCCCACCCCGACAUCACCUUCACUUCCCCUCAUCAGUUUGCUCAUUUCAUACGACAGGAGGACGUCACGUUCUACUUCGCGAACGUGAUGGAUCUUCUUCGCUAUGAUCCACUCUGUCCCGAGGUUGAGCUCAUCUCUCUGGAGCCCGAUCCCCCUGACCCUUCCUCCAUCUUCGCGGCUCUCAUCUCUACGUCCACCCGUCACCCUGCGGAUACCCCCUCCACGUCCCAGGCCCCCACGCCUUCGACUAUCGAGUCCACACAUACGUCUCGUGCUGACGCAGAUAUUGAGGAACUCACACGGUUCACGACAGACUUAGAGCCCGUCGUUCGCAACCUGAUUCGAGAGUACCGCGACGUCUUCCCUUCGUAUUUCUCAUACAGCGGGAUCCCUCCGAUGUGCGGUGUUGAGCAUUCUAUCCAGCCCGUGCCUGACUAUCGUGUUCACCAUCAGGCACCGCACCGACUCUCGAUUCCAGAGGCGAUGGAACUCAAGUGUCAGCUUGAGGAGCUCCUUCAACUAGGUUUCAUUAAACCCAUUAACUCCCCUUGGGGUGCACCCGUCCUCUUUGCUCGAAAAACGAACGGAACACUCCGCCUCUGCAUCGACUACCGCGGCCUUAACCGUUACACGGUUAAGAACAACAAUCCCAUGCCCUGCGCGGAUGAGCUGUUUGACCGCCUGGCAGGCAACCGCUUCUUCACGAAGAUCGAUCUUCGUAGCGGUUAUCACCAGAUCCGUGUUGCUGCAGAGGAUCAGCCCAAGACCGCCUUCCGAUCACGCUUCGGCCACUACGAGUUCACGGUGAUGCCAUUCGGCCUCACCAAUGCACCCGCCACCUUCCAGACAGCAAUGAACGACAUCUUCAGGGACAUCCUUGAAGAAUACGUUCUCGUAUACCUGGACGACAUCUUGUUCAGUGUCACCACUCAGCCCAUCAAGGGUGAAACGAACCGCGUCGCCGAUGCCUUGUCCCGUCGUCCUGAUCACAAUCAGGAACCCAUCCAUCUUGCUGCCAUCUCCAUCACCAUUGUUGAUCAGUUGGUGAUCGACACAUAUCGCACCCAGUACCGUCACUGCCCGGAUUAUCGCGUUAUCCACGCGACACUGCGGAGCGGCAAGACCGUUCCCUCAUACUCCCUUGGUGAGAACGUUCUCGUGUACUGGCAUGGCACAUCUGGUCAGCUCGAACCACAUAUCUGCGUUCCCUCCACCGGACAACUCCGUGUCCAGGCUGUAGCAAAGUUCCAUGACCAGGCAGCUGCCGGUCAUAUGGGCUUCCACAAGACGUUGGCUCGUGUUUGCCUCCUAUACGUCUGGCCGAAGUCCAAGGACUUCGUCAAAGCCUACAUCCAGGAGUGUCCUACCUGCCAGGAGGUGAACAAUGCGAACCACCUUCCGUAUGGGUUACUUCAGCCCUUGCCCAUACCAGAGGGUCGUUGGCAGUCCAUCUCAAUGGAUUUCAUUGGUCCCCUCCGCCCACCUACUGAGCGCGGUCAUGGUGCUAUCUUGGUCGUCGUCGAUCGCUUCACGAAGUGUGCACGUUUUGUCUCGUGCCGCUAUCGCAUUAGCGCCCUGCCACGUAAGCAGUGCCACAUCAGCAGUGCCACGUCAGACACAGUGCCACGUAAGGAGUGCCACAUCAACAGCGCAAAGUCAGAUACAGUGCCACGUAAGCAGUGCCACGUAAGCAGUGCCACGUCAGCAGUGCCACGUCAGCAGUGCCACGUCAGACACAGGCCACGUAAGCAGUGCCACAUCAGCAGUGCCACGUCAGACACAGUGCCACGUAAGCAGUGCCACGUCAGCAGUGCCACGUCAGACACAGGCCAUUCAAGGCUGCCACAGGCUGAAGAAGCGGCAACAGCAGAGAAGCUGCGGCUACAGGCCGAAGCAGACGCAGAUGCCCAGGCUCGCCGCAAGGAAGCCCAGGAUCUGCUGCAGCGGCAUGAAGCCACAAGCAUCGAAAAACUCAAGUUCUGGCACUUUGAACCAAACGGCGACGACGAAACACCGGAAGAGCAGCAUAAGGAGUUUCUCUAUAAACUCGUGACACGGUUGUUGUAUGCUUGCAACUACCAACGGUCCGAGUUGGAGAAACAGUACCAUGACCUGACGCAACAACAUCAGGAGUUGGCAAAGCUCCGCCAUACAGUGCAGAGCCACGAGGAUGCAACUCGGGCACUCGAUGCCCGAUUGCUGGACCUGGAACAGGCUGUACCAGGACCAGCUGCUGAGGAUUCCAGCAGUGCAUCCUCUAGCCGCCAACUGGAGGAACGAGUUGACCACGUAGUGGAAAUGCUCGGCGACAUCAGCACCUUCGCUGCGCCGACCGCCAUCAGCAGUCAGCUGCAUACCUUGAAGACCGAGGUCCAGCAGUUGCAGUCGACGAACGCGGAUGACAAUCCGAAGAUGUACAAGAUGCCAACUUUCCAACUGGACAAGUUCGACGACUACACACAGCAGGAUCCGGUCCUCUGGUGGGAAGCAUUCACAACGCAACUCAGGAUUCUGCUCGUCGCCAAACACACGUACAUCGGCGCCCUGUUCCUGAACUCAAAGGGCGGAUGCCAGACCUGGUUGAGCCACCUGGCAACCUCUCACGGCGUUGACGUACCGGACUUGAAGGACAAAAUCACAUGGGAGGAACUGACACGGCUGUGGAAGAAGCGGUUCAUCGUCGACGACGCGCCGACACUCGCCAUCAACCGUWUGUUCACCAUGUCACAGGGCAACACUACAACACGGGAUUGGCUCACGGAGUGGCAGAAGAUUGCGGCGGUGCCCAAUCUCGAAUUGGCAUUCACGCAUCUACGCCGUGAGUUCUACAACAGGUCCUGUGCGGCAUUGGGCCAGGCUCUUGGUGACCGCGAGCAGUACUCGACCUUCGCUGAGAUCAUUGACAAGGCGAGGGAGAUCAUCAAGACCAACAGGUCAGCUGCACACGAGAAAUCAACAUGGCAGCCGACCUAUGUGGAGAAGGYACGAACUGGUCCGCGACAGCAGCACUUCGCUGCAGUCCAGUCGGACAGUGGAGACAACCCAGCAGCCACUCCCGCAUCAAGUGACGGAGAUCAGGUGGCUGUUGUCCAGCCGCGAAGCAACAACAAGUCCCGCAACAAUGGGAAGGCGAAAUCCGCAUCGCAGGCCGGAAAUGGACAGCCAGUACAAGUUCCAUGGGUCAAGUUCGGCUUGACCGAGGCGGAGUACAAGGUCCGCGGCCGCUACGGCAGCUGCUAUUGGUGCAACAGCACCAAGUACAAGACCUCCCUGUGCCAGGAUCAGGGCAAGGAGAAUGACUAUGCUGUCCACUUGGUUCCACCGCUGGACCAACCGCUCCACGUGCAACAAUCUACCGUAUGCACGGUUUCAUCACCAUCAACAAUCGAUUCGGCAGCUUCGCCGCCAUCUAUCGUCGGGGAUUCAUCGUCGUGGUCAAGACUUGAGGUGCUCGACCCACUGACGUUCACGGACUUCCAGUGGAUGCCCGUUCCCCCGACCGGACGAUUGCCGAAACCGCAUUGCAAUGUCCUCAUGGCAGAACUGCGAGAUUACUUGCACACUGCAGUACCGACUCCGUUGAUGGACGUUGGAGUAGAGGUUGUCGACCUUCACGUCUACAUUGCGAAGAUCUACCGCGAGUUCAAGACGCAACGGUACGACGACAUCGACACACCAUUGCUAUAUGUACGCAUCCAGAUCAGAGAAGCGACCUGCAACGCUUUGUUCGAUUGCGGAGCAUCUCGCAACAACAUCAACGAGGACUUCAUGGUGCGCGCCGGCCUUGGCUCGCGAGUCCGGAGGAAGUCCCAGCCUACGCAAGUCACCUUGGCGGACGGUCGCAAGCACAAGUCCAUCGACCGGUGCAUUGACAACGUCCCAGUGUACUUUGCCUCUCACGCAAGUGAGGCGGUGUCCUUUGACAUUCUGGACACCAAAUUUGACAUGAUCUUGGGCAUGUCAUGGCUGCGAAGCGAGGAUCACCUGGUGAACUUCUUCCACCGCACCGUUCACAUUCGCGAUCGGAACGGAGUACUAGUUCCAUGCACGGUGCCUCUUCCUUAUCCUUCGAUCAACUGCCACAUGGUAUCUGCCGCAAGCAUGCGAGCUUCCAUCAUCAGAGACGACAUCGAGGAGAUGGGGGUGUGUUUUCUCCACGCCCUCCCGCCCCAUGACGCUUCAUCGACGGACUCACCUUCGGAUCCACGCAUCACCGAGCUUCUCGACGCCUACAGCGAUGUGUUCGAAGGCCCGCACGGAGUAGUACCGGAUCAACCCAUCCGCCACGAGAUCAUCCUCGAGGACGGGGCCAUACCUCCGCGCGGUUGCAUCUACCGAAUGAGCGAGGAAGAGUUAACGGCUAUGACAACGGAGUUCCGACAUAUAUUGGAUCGUUUCGUACUUAUCUACCUCGACGACAUUUUGGUCUACAACCGGAGUUUGGAGGAGCAUGUGGAACACCUGCGCACCGUUUUGGAGCGGCUGCGACAACCCAAGUACAAGGCCAACCGCGACAAGUGCGAAUUCGCACGACAUGAGCUGGAGUACUUGGGACAUUAUGUGACGCCGCAAGGCAUCCGUCCGCUUGCGGACAAGAUCGAGGCCCUACGAGUAUGGCCCGAGCCCACCAACACCACGGACGUUCGUUCAUUCAUGGGAUUGGUGGGCUACUAUCAGCAAUUCAUCACCGGAUACUCAAGGAUUGCUGCACCUAUGACGAGGUUACAGUUGCCAAAGGUGUCGUUCGUAUUCGAUGUCGAUGCACGCCGGUCAUUCCAAGCACUUAAGACGGCCAUGCUCAUGGCACCCGACCUUAGCAUCUAUGACCCCACACUGCCGACGCGAGUGACUACGGACGCUUCUGGCUAUGGCAUUGGGGCAGUCUUGGAACAGCACGACGGCGACGACUGGCACCCUGUGGAGUAUUUCAGCCACAAAGUGCCUCCCAUCAACUCGCUUGAUGAUGCAAGGAAAAAGGAGCUGCUCGCAUUUGUCAUGGCUCUUAAGCGAUGGCGGCACUUCCUCCUUGGAAGUCGUAGGUUCAAAUGGGUUACGGACAACAAUCCAUUGACCUACUACAAGACGCAGGAUACGCUGAGCAACACUAUCGGACGAUGGAUGUACUUCAUCGACCAGUUUGACUUCACACCGAAACAUUUUCCCGGCCUCUCAAAUCGCGCAGCAGAUACACUCUCGUGAAGACCUGAUCUUUGCGCUAUGACACAUCAUGVCUUCGGAUUCGACGAGGAGCUUCAGCGA